AUGUCAACAAUUUUAACCUGGCAUCACAAAGAGGCCCAUGGGAAGUACAAGAGAGGGAACAGCCAAGGGAAGAGCUUUCUGCCAGUGGCCAAUCAUAGAGUAACAGGAGCAACACGUGAGCACCUUCCCAUGGGCCUCUUAUCUAGUCCGAUCACACUGUCCCUGAUCAGCCUCAUUCUGAUCUGUCCCACUUUGCUCCUCUGCAGAUAAACAGAGAGUAAGAGCAGUCCAAGCGAGCUUGAGUUUACUUAAGGCGCGUGGUGUGCCCUGUGCGAAGAAGGCCAGGAGUGUCUGUCCAUUGUAUUAUUAUGUCCGUGUAGAGCACUCUCUUUGUUUGUGCAGCACAAGUCCACCAGCGUAGUCUGCGGCUGACUCUGCCCUCUAGCAUACUUAUUUUCGGAUAUACACUGUAUGCAGUGCCCGGGAUACAGCAGCGGUGAAAGUUGUGCAGUUAGUGCUGUGUGCCUAUUCUUCUGGUGUAGAAGUACUGUUCAGUCUGACUGGGCGGGUCCUGUCUGCUCCAGUGAUGCGGUGAUUACUAUAGGCGUCACUGCCUGGUAUGAAAGCAGUGCCCUGCCAGGCAUUCUCACUAAGACCAGU